CAUCCCGAUCUCUCGAGUAUAGACAACAGAUACAAUGUCCGUUGCGAACGCUAUCCCCUUCGUCGGACGCUUCACCGCGCGUCGCGGCAAGGACAUCAUCGCCCACGACCGGGCCAGGGCUCAGAAGAUUCUGCAGGGAGCCCACCCCCAUGGCCCAAUCGGUGCGCGCGAGUUCCGCACGCGCCACGGCAACCACCACCACCACCGCCACCACGGCGGCAGUGACGCGGCCUCUGGCGGAGGCUCGACCACUGGCACCGGCUCUGGUGGCAGCACCGGUACCGCCCCGUCCUCUGACGGCACUGGCGUUGACGUUACCGAUGCCGGUGUCACCUACACUGCUUCAGUUGGUGUCGGCAGCCCCGCAACCAGCUACACGCUCCUUAUUGACACUGGCAGCUCCAACACCUGGGUCGGCGCCAGCCAGAAGUAUGUCAAGACUAGCACCAGCAAGUCCACCGGUGACAGCGUGAAUGUUAGCUACGGCUCUGGUUCCUUCUCGGGUACUGAGUUUACCGACACUGUGACCCUCGGCCCGACUCUCGUCAUCGAGAACCAGUCCAUCGGCGUCGCCUCCCAGGCUCAGGGCUUCCAAGGUGUCGACGGUAUCCUCGGUGUCGGUCCCACAGACCUCACCGCGAACACUGUCUCUGGCCAGGACCAGGUCCCGACCGUCGUCGACAACCUGUUCUCGCAGGGGACGAUCACCUCCGACUCGCUCGGCAUCUUCUACGAGCCCACGACCCAGGACGGUGCCAUCAACGGCGAACUCACCUUUGGCGGAAUCGACCAGAGCAAGAUCACCAGCGACGUGGGCUUCGUCCCGAUCACCUCCACCUCGCCCGCGAGCAUGUACUGGGGCAUCGACCAGGACAUCUCAUACGGCCAGAGCCAGUCCCUGGUCACCGGCUCGCCGGGCAUCGUCGACACCGGCACCACGCUCCUCAUGCUCGCGACGGACGUCUUCCAGGCGUACCAGAAGGCGACGGGCGCGACGAACGACCAGACCACCGGCCUCCUGAAGCUGACCGAAGAGCAGUUCGACAACCUCCAGAGCCUGUUCUUCAACAUCGGCGGCACCACCUUUGAGCUGACGGCGAACGCCCAGAUCUGGCCGCGCGCGCUCAACUCGGAGCUCGGCGGCGACGCGGACAGCAUCUACCUCGUCGUCGCCGACCUCGGCAGCCCGAGCGGACAGGGCCUCGAUUUCAUCAAUGGCUUCGCGUUCCUGCAGCGCUUCUACAGCGUGUUCGACACCGGCAACGCCCAGGUCGGUCUCGCGACGACCGCGUUCACCGACGCGACCACGAACUGAGCGUGGACCUGCGCCCCGGAGACGAGAGACUCUUGAGUGGACGUGUACGAUAGCUGAUGAUGAGACACCUGGACUCCUCUGCAAUGACCGGAUUACUCGCGUGUACUUCCAGAAGGGUUAUAUGAAUAGGAAUGGACUACGACUGCACCUAGGCUGCCAUAGCGUUGGGAUGUAAUGCCGACCGUGACUCGCUGCCCUUUGUAAUGUCUAUUGCUGGUGGAAAAAUUAUGUUGAAAAUGC